AUGGGGAUGGGCUGUUUCCAUAUGCUUAUCCCAUCUACUCCUAGUCCUAGGUUACCCUUCUUAGUACUGGCCAUGUUCUACCAUUUCCUCAUAUAUAUGCGUGCGUGAAUCAAUUCAGCAACGAUACGAGCACUAGGAACCGGCCGAUGGCGACCAUGGGGCUAGCAGCACUCAAACUCUCCUUCCCCAACAAGAGCGGCACGGCCUCGGGCACACCUACGCGGCUCGGCUGCCCUACAAAUCCUAGACUGACGACCAGGAGAUGGACCGUGGCCGCAGCUGCGCCCGUGGAGACUCCGUCCAGAAGCAUCGACGUUGACAUGCAAUCCUCGCCGGUGCCGCGGGAGCAGGUGGAGAUCGUCCGGUCACUCAACGGUUGGGUGGCGAAGAACAUGCUCCCGCUGCUCCUCCCGGUGGAGUCCUCGUGGCAGCCGCACGACUUCCUGCCGUGCUCCGCCGCGGCGCCCGGCGCGUCGACGGAGGACGAGGCUCUGUCCGCCUUCACGGAUGGCGUCGCCAAGCUGCGCGCGGGAGCCGCCGGCGUGCCUGACGAGGUCCUGGUGUGCCUAGUGGGCAACAUGGUGACGGAGGAGGCGCUGCCGUCGUACCAGAGCAUGGGAAACCGCACGGAGGGCAUCGCGGACGACACCGGCGCCAGCAGCCUCCCCUGGGCGCAGUGGCUGCGCGGCUGGACCGCAGAGGAGAACCGCCAUGGUGACCUCCUCAACCGCUACCUCUACCUCUCCGGCCGCGUCGACAUGCGCCAGGUCGAGACCACCGUCCACCACCUCCUACGCAACGGCAUGGAAAUGCUGGUGCCCAAGAGCCCCUACCACAGCGUCAUCUACGGCGCGUUCCAGGAGCGCGCCACCUUCAUCUCCCACGUGCACACGGCGAAGCUCGCCGGGCAGCACGGCGACCAGGCCCUCGCCAAGAUCUGCGGCGUCAUCGCCGCCGACGAGAAGCGGCACGAGGCGGGCUACACCAGGGUAUGCGCCAAGCUCUUCGAGGUGGACCCCGACGGCAUGGUGCGCGCUCUCGCGUACGUCAUGCGCGGCAAGGUCACCAUGCCCGGCCUUCUCAUGUCCGAUGGCCACGACUGCAGCGAGACUCUGUUCGACCGGUUCUCCGCCGUGGCGCAGCGCGCCGGCGUCUACACGGCGAGGGACUACGGCGAUCUGGUGGAGCACUUCGUGCGCAAGUGGCGGGUGGCGGAGCUCGCCGGGCUGUCUGGCGAGGGCCGCCGCGCGCAGGAGUACGUGUGCAGGCUCCCGCCCAAGAUCCGGAGGAUGGAGGAGCUAGCCCACCAGAGGGCGGCCCGCAGCGAGCUCAGGCCGGCCAGCUUCAGUUGGAUCUUCGACAGGCACGUCAUGCUAGGCUGAGACCCGAGAGAGAUGGGCUUCUGUGGCCCUGGGCUCUGGAACAAUAAGCUACAGUAGUAGAAGUACCUUAAUUACGUUUUGCUUGUUUGAGUCCCUGAAUAAUGUGGUCUCUCACAAAAGAAGAGAGUGUGCUAUGUUUUAAUGUUUAUCCAACUCUUUAGAUCGACAUCUGAUCAUCGUUUGGCUUA